CCACGAGCUGAGGCGAGCGAAGGCGUGGCGGUCGGGUGGGAAUAUGAACGCGGAGACGCUCAACUGCCAGCUCGAGCUCUAGAGUAAGUUAACUCACGAGCCGAACGGUCCUCUGCUUCGCCCUCCCUGCUGAACAAAAGAUAGCCAAUCCAGUGGGACGGAGUGCGCGUGACAUAUCAAACAUGUCCCAGCAGGCAGCGAAUGGGGUCCUGAGCAGGGGCAGGGUGCUUACUUUGGACAACAUGAACCCCAAUGUGAAGCGGGUCGAGUACGCAGUCCGUGGUGCUAUAGUCCAGCGGGCUGUGCAGAUAGAGAAGGAGCUGAAAGAGGGAGUCAAGAAACCUUUCACAGAAGUCAUCAAGGCUAACAUAGGCGACGCCCACGCCAUGGGUCAGAAACCAAUCUCAUUUUUCAGACAGGUCCUGGCUCUGUGUUCUUACCCUGAACUCCUGGAUGACAACAAGUUUCCAGAGGAUGCCAAGCAAAGAGCGCGGCGUAUUCUCGAGGCCUGUGGAGGCCACAGUAUAGGGGCCUACAGUGCUAGCCAGGGCAUUGAGUGCGUUCGUCAGGAUGUGGCGCGCUACAUAGAGAAGAGAGAUGGUGGAAUCCCCUCCAACCCUGACAACAUCUACCUCUCCACUGGAGCCAGUGAUGCCAUUGUGACCAUGCUAAAGUUGCUGGUGUGUGGCGAAGGCCGUACCCGGACAGGAGUGAUGAUCUCCAUCCCCCAGUACCCUCUGUACUCGGCCGCCUUGGCAGACCUGGGUGCCGUGCAGAUCAGUUACUAUCUGGACGAGGACAAGUGUUGGAGUCUGGAUGUCACAGAGCUCAAGAGAGCCGUCAAUGCAGCUAGGCAGCACUGCAAUCCCCGCGUCCUCUGCAUCAUCAACCCCGGAAACCCCACUGGUCAGGUCCAGAGCAGACAGUGCAUCGAAGAUGUGAUCCAAUUUGCUAAAGAGGAGCAUCUCUUCCUCAUGGCUGAUGAAGUCUACCAGGAUAAUGUGUAUGCAGAGGGCUGUAAGUUUCACUCCUUUAAGAAGGUGUUGUUUGAGAUGGGACCAGCAUACUCCAGUACAGUGGAGAUGGCCUCCUUCCACUCUACCUCCAAAUGCUACAUGGGCGAGUGUGGAUUCCGUGGAGGCUACAUGGAAGUGAUUAACAUGGACCCUGACGUGAAGGUCCAACUUACAAAACUGGUGUCUGUGCGUCUUUGCCCCCCCGUUCCCGGACAGGCUCUCCUUGACCUGGUGGUCAACCCCCCACAGCCUGAUGAGCCUUCCUACAACACGUUUAUAAAGGAGCGGACAGCGGUGUUGGCAGCUUUAGCAGAGAAGGCCAGGCUGACAGAGCAGAUCUUCAAUGAAGUACCCGGCAUCACCUGUAACCCUGUGCAGGGGGCCAUGUACACCUUCCCCCGCAUCACUCUACCGCAGAAGGCCAUUGACAAGGCAAAGGAGGAAGGCCAGGUCCCAGACAUGUUCUACUGCAUGAAGUUGCUGGAGGAGGAGGGUAUCUGCCUGGUGCCAGGUAGUGGCUUUGGCCAAAGAGAGGGAACCUUCCACUUUAGGAUGACAAUCUUGCCUCCAACUGAGAAGCUGAAGAUUGUACUGCAGAAGAUCAGUGCCUUCCAUGUGCGGUUCACACAAGAGUUUUCAUAACUAUCAGGAGACCAACUCAAUCAGUGCCAGUAUCUUUAAGUGCCUUUGUGUGAAGGAGGCAGCAGUAAGGCUGCAGUCAAUAGUAAAACAAAAAAGCAUUGACUUUUUCCAAACAACUUUUCCUUGACGUAGAUGGAAAAUAUCAGUUGUUACAUACAUGCAGCUUGCACAACCAGUGCAAAAUAUUACUUCAUUACUAAAGUUGGAAUUAAAAUAAAAUGAUUAUAGGCUACCAGCCAGUUAGGAUUGUCUGAAAAUCAUUGUUAAAUUUUUGCCAAUUUAAGUUAGGCAUAUUACAGUUUGGAAAGAAUUGUCUAGUAAAUCAUAUGCCAAAGGAGAUAAGCAUGGAUGCACCUUCCCAGAAUUCAACCAGUGCAGUUGGAAACCUUCGUAAGCAAAAAGACUUUGACUGCAGCAGAUCUCCUCCUGCAAUACACAUCUCUCACCUCAAGGCUGUAAUUCAGUGGAUCAGAGGUUUACUGGUCUGCAUCAGUGACAAACCUUGAACACUUCCUUGUUAAGGAUGCCCUGCUCAUGUACGUUCAGCAUGUGAAGAGGUUAUGUUCAGUAGUACUUCAUAAAGCCUUACCUAGCCAGGUUUGUAAUGUUCCUAGUGCUGCUGAGUGCAUGUUAUCUGAAGUAUUUAAGAUAACUAAGAUGUCCUUGUCACAGCUACAGGUGCAUCUUCUGACUUGCCAAGACUCAUUCAGCCAACUUAAUUGGAAGUAUAUCAAUUUAAUAACUUGAUCGACUAGCUGUAAAUAAUGCAUCAGCCUCAGACUGUAGCUAUUGUAUUAUUACCAACAUGUAAAUUUGUUCUUAAAUGUGAUUAAAAAACACUUGAAUUUCUGGAACACCUGUUUUGUGAAAUGUAUGCAAUGCCAGCUGUUAUAUUUAAAAUAUGCAAAACAUGUUCUAGCUUGUAUGGAUUUACAGUAACAAGAGUCACAUUUGAGCACUAGCCCACAAAGCUGUCAUCAUUUUUAGUUUUAUUUAAAAAAGACUGAAAUCUUUGAUAGUGCUUACAUGCUUUUAGAAACAGAAGAAAGCUGAAUCUCUUGGAAUGAACAGAAACUAA